CCCCUCUGUCCCGCCCCGGCUAUGGCGGCGCGGCUGUGGCGGCUCUGCAACCUCCUCAUGGCCGCCUUCUUCGGGCUGGCGGCCGCCGUGCAGGUGAACGAUCCCGACGCGGGGCUGUGGACGGUUGUCUACUUAGUGCCAGCUGCCCUGACACUGCUUGUCAGCAUCAACCCUUCAAUAACAGACAAUGGUGUUUGGAGGAGCCUCUGUGACCUUCAUUCUGCUGGCUGUGUUGUUGGGACCAUUGCCUUGGCUUGCUCUUUGUUUGCUUAUGCUCAAGGAAACAUUUUUCAUGAAGAGGAAGGCAGAGAAUUGUUUGGUCUGGUGAUUAUUACAAUAUGGAUGAGUCUUUGUCGCAGUUCAGCAAAGAGUCCCCUGGGAGGAGCUCACUUGGUUGCUGCAGUUGUUGUUGCCCUUUUCCCCUUUGUUUCGUGGCUGUACAUUUAUGUGAACAAAGACAUGCGAGAGUCUUGGCCAACACACUGCAAAACCGUGCUUUAAAUGGGUGGGAGAAAGUCUGCAGUGACUAUGCUGACCUUGUUUGCCUUUGUUUUUGAUGCUUAACAAAAGGUGUGUCAGUUUGAUAGGACCCAAGAAUACCUGGCUGCUUCCAGCAGUGCCAGUUGAGAUUUGGUAAAAUGUUGAGGAACACUGUCAAAUCUGAGUGGGGAAUUUUUCUACGGAAACUGUUCACCUUGCUGCUUCUUACAUUUUCCAAACACCAUCGAUCUAAUGUCUGUUCUGAUGGUAUAUUCAGGAUACCACUGUAGCCCUGGAUCAUUCUCCAAUCACCUCAUAGUUUGAGAACUAUUCUGGGACAAAUAAAGCAAAUACUGUUUUAAUAAAUGACUAUUUACAGCCACAGGACUUUCAAUAAUGUGCCUGGAUAAUGCAUUUCAGACUUACUGGAAAAUUGAGCAGUCUAUCUCUGUCCUGUGCUAAAAUCAUAUGUAGAAUAUAUCUGAAAGAAUUAUUUUACUAUUAUCUUUAACUGAAAGUCACUGGUUUUACUGAAUAAUAAACACUAUUUUUUAUAAAAAAC